GCGGGGGAGGCGGCGGCGGGGCCGGCAGGGGAGCGCCAUCCCCGCGGCGGCCGCGGCCGCCCGUUCCCCGCGGCGGAGCAGGAGGAUGCGGCCCGGCGCCGGGCUCUGAGCGAUGGAGGGGGUCCUGUACAAGUGGACCAACUACCUGGCGGGGUGGCAGCCUCGGUGGUUUGUUUUAGACAAUGGGAUAUUGUCAUACUAUGACUCCCAGGAUGAUGUUUGCAAAGGCAGCAAAGGAAGUAUAAAGAUGGCUGUGUGUGAAAUAAAAGUUCAUGCAACAGACAACACGAGAAUGGAGCUAAUCAUCCCAGGGGAGCAGCAUUUCUAUAUGAAAGCAGUUAAUGCAGCUGAAAGGCAAAGAUGGCUGGUAGCACUGGGGAGUGCAAAAGCCUGUUUAGCAGAUACCAGAACAAAAAAAGAAAAAGAAUUAAGUGAGACCAGCGAAUCUCUUAAAACCAAAAUGUCCGAACUUCGUCUCUACUGUGAUCUUUUAAUGCAACAAGUUCAUACAAUACAAGAAUUUGUUCACCGUGAUGAGGCUCGCUCUCCUCCCAGCAUUGAGAACAUGAAUGAAGCCUCUUCCUUGCUUAGUGCCACAUGUAAUACAUUUAUCACAACACUUGAAGAAUGUGUGAAGAUUGCUAAUGCCAAGUUUAAGCCAGAAAUGUUCCAACUGCCUCAUCCCGAUCCCUUGGUUUCUCCUGUGUCACCAUCACCUAUUCAAAUGAUGAAGCGUUCCAUUAGCCACCCUGGUCCUUGCUAUUCAGAAAGGAUUAAUCACUCUGUAAAAGAACCAGGUUCAUCUGUUCACCGAUUUUCUCAGCGACGCAGAAGAACAUACUCGGAUACAGAAUCUUACAGUGAUACACCUUCUGAAGAUUCUCAGAGAUCUACUCACUGUUCUAGAAGUGCUGUCAAUGGAGAUCUGGUAUCAUCAACCAUUCCUGAAGAAAAUAAAUCAGUGUCAAAGGAAAGAUCUGAACUGGAAGAGACUCUUUCAUCCUUUUCCUCGUGAAGCAACUGAAAGUAUUAAAUUUUCUAUAAAUAAUGCUAUGCAAAAGCUGCUGUAAUUAUACUGUUGUUAUAGGAAGUAGUAAUUUCCCUUUUUAGAAGGAUUUCUCUGCACUUUAUAGAAUAACAUAAAAACUAUCUUUGAAGUGUAUUUUAUCUUUAUAUAGUUUAUUUGCAAGAGUAUUUUCCUAAUAUUUCACAGGUUGAAUGUGCAUUUUUUGGAACAAAUGAUGGCUUUAACAGAUAAGCAUCCACAUUUGUAAACGUAGCUCUUUUUAAAAAGUGUGAAGGUCUGACUGAUAUGUUAGUAAACAUGCAUUAUAAACUUCAGCAAAAAGUUUUCAUUUUUUUGGAGAAAAUGGGACUUGUGCCAUGGGCCUCUUGGUCAUUUGUACCAGGUCAUCCACCCAGAGCUGUGAUUGGCCCCACAAUGGCUUUUUUUGCCAGUGUAAGGGCUGUGGGAAUGGGCACUAAUGGGUCUGUUCUAGCAGCUUGACGGUAAUUGACAUUGCCGCCUUUAAAAACACAAGGAUAUACAUAAUCCAGUCCUUAUUUUUAGCCAAUGAAAGUAGAAAUAUUUAGUGUAUUUUUCUAAACAAAUGUAUAAAAAUAACUUAAUAUGAAGUAUUUGUACCAAACAUGGGAUAUUUAAUAAUUGUUAUUUAUUUAUUCUUUUUUGCAUCAAAAAUUUCUACCUACUUUCAGUACUAAAGAUCUGAAGAUCUACUAAAGGCUUCAAAAUGUGCAUAAAUUGUUUCUGGGGUGUGUAGUAUCACAAGUAGUUAAUACAGCACCGUUAAGAUUUACUCUGCCUACUUAAGAUGUGUUUUUAGCAAAGUAUUAUAGAAGCAAGAGCUAAAAUGUUAGACUGUUUUAAGCUGCUGUUGUAAUGAAUAUUUGUAUCUCUACGUGUUUUAUUUAUGACAUAUUUAUACAAUAGGGAGCUUCUGUUUUUGUGACUCUUUUAUAUCAUUUGAGGAUGGUAUACACCAGAAGAUGGAUUCUGCUCUCAGUUACAUCAGUUUAAAUUUGCAUUAAUUGUAAGCGAGGUCAGAGUCUGACUCUCUUAAUAAUUAAUUAGUAAUAUAGUAUAACAGUGCCUACUAGCACUUUGGUCCAGAAGGUUGUUAAUGUUAGCAUUGUAAGCUUUUGGGGAUUUUGGGUGUUUGUUUAGGGAUAAACUUGGUCUAUAAAGUCUUAGCUGUAGAGCACUUUAAGCAAGCCAUUUACUCUUUUUGAUUUACACAAUUGCUAAAAGUUGUACAGGGUUUUUUGCACUCAAGCACAUACCAAAAUCUGUUUUUAUAAUCAGAUCUUCUUUAAUUUGGUUUAACUGGUCUUCCUUUUGUGUAUAUAAAUAAUUUGGUUGUUUUGAAGCAGGCUGGAAAGGAGAGAUGGGAAGGGGAGCUUUCCUUACAAAUUUUUGGAAUGUUGAUUUAUCUAAAUCAAAAUAGGUCCAAAUGUUAGAGAAAAACAUAAGAGCUGUUGCCCACAUAUAAAAUGCCAGUUUAUAAACCAUUAUGCCGGGUUCAAGUGGGAUGGAAUGGUUUGUAGAAGGGAUUUGUGGAUACCAGCUCAGAGCAGUCAUUUGUGCUCAGUUCUGUCAGUUUUCAUACAAACUAUAAUAUGCAUAUCAGCCACACAUAUGCUUGUACAUUUUUUCUGAAUGUUUGCUUUAAUGUAUUCUGUAUGACAUGACAAUUGUUAAAAAAAAAAAAAAGGUAUUAAAAAAGAUGUUCAGAGAAGUAAACUACAUAUUGCAGUGAGAGUGUUGUCUUGAAUAAUAUGCUGUCUUAGAGCUGCUUUUUGAAAUUUCACUUAGGUUUCUACCAGCUUGUAUAGUGGUAAGUAUAUGUCACACUGACAGAUUUUUUUGUUUGGAUUUCAACUACUAUGAAGAAAAGAGUUUGGACUUCAAGUUGUGCAAAAAACCUGAGACAGUGCAUGUAGUAGUAAAUAACAGUUUUAAACACUGCUAUAAUAUGAAAGUUGUAGUGAUCAGAUUCAAGCACAAAAUUUGCAUGUAAUUACUUCAGCACUGUUUUGGGUUUCUCCAGGGCACCAAAACCAUCAUUUCAGCUUUAUAUAUGUAUGUGAUAUGUUCCUGGUAAGGUUAAAUCAGCUUUUUAGAUAUGACUGUGCCAAACAUUCUAAAAUGUAUUUCAGUGAAAUCAGUGAAGAUGAUAUGCUGUGAUACUUUAGGCAUCUGGGGCUAGGAAGUAAUUUCUGGAAAUGAUACUUAUGUGGAUGUUCUCACAUUUUCAUUUCUAAGUUUAGGGAGAGCUUAUCAGGAAUGCCUAAUUGUAUCACUCUUUAUAGUAGAGAAUGAGAGCUGAACUUCAAUAUAGAAUAUCAAAACUUCUAGUUUUGAUCUCAUGUGCUUCUGAAGAGAUCAGUUGGAAAUUAUUUUUUUAAAAUAGUAUUUAUCACUUAAAGAGUAUAAGCAUAGUAUAUCUAUUUAGGUGAAAAGUGAUAACUUCUAAUUUGUAUAUCUAAAGUUUCUAACUUCAGAUAAGUAGAAAUGGAAUUCUUAGAAAUUACCAGCUUACAGUAUAAUGAAUUAAUGCUCAGGCAUGCAGUGAUUUGGAGAGCUGUGAAUACUGAGAUUACAACGUUCAGGGGCUUUACUGUAAAUAAUAAUUCAGCUUCACUUUUUUAAACUUUUUUUUCCUCAGAGAAAGCAAUCUUUGGGAUAAGAAUACUUCAGAGGUUGCUUCUGCAUAUAUUUUUUUACUUCAUUUAUUUAAAAAUUGAAAUCUAUUUGUGUAUCUAUUAAGGUUAUUUGCACAAAUUAGAAACCUAAAUUUUGCUCUUUAUGCCCCUCUCAGUUUAAGUAUUCUAGUAUAGCUGUUGUUCCUGCCAGUAUAUAUUAGAAACUUUUAAAAGGGGUGUAAUACCUGAAUAAAGGAAAUGUCUGUGUCUGAAAACUAACUAGAAUGUGGUAAAAUGAAUCUCUCAGUGUUAUUAUGGCUAUCCACUGUCACAGUUAUUUUUCUCAGGCUGCCACAUAUGAAGUGUUAGUAGAAAAUGUCUAGCUCUAUAAUAGGAUUUAUACAGCAGCUCACAGAGCUUUGUUAAAACGUUUUUCGUUAUGCAUCAACACCCAGGAAACAUGAACACCAAAUGCCUUCAUAGACAUAACAGUGGCAGUAUAUUCUAACUUUCUAACUAACUCUGCAAUAGAUUUAAUCUUUAAAGAGAGCAAAUACCAACUUGUAAAAUUAGAAGUCCCAAUAUUUGACCUGAAUAUAAGAAGUAAAAAUGUUUAUUUGUUUCAUUCAGAGACUGCCUAACCUAUUGUCUCAAAAAAUGUUAUUCUUUAGGGAAGUGUUCCGUGAAAUGGAAUAUUGAAGCUCUAGGCUGUGACUUUAGCAAUGUCACUCUGUAUUAGCAUUCGCUUAGUGGUCUUGUGGAAAAACACUGGCUCAGCUGGUUGGCCUGUAACAUUAUCUAUUAAAGCCGUGUUUCAGCAAAGCCUGUAUUUUAAAUCCUAUUUUUAGUCAUGUAAGUGACUCAUCUGCCUAAAGUUAGGUGUGCUUGCUUAAGCAGUGUGCAGAGUUGGACCAGAGAGAUACUGACAGAAUGAACUUGCUUACACUGCCACACCAGUGUGCUUCUCUCUAUCAAGUAAGUAUAUCUAAUACUCAAAAGAGACCAUGUAAGACUGAGAUUCCAGUAGCCUUUGUGAAGAGUCCAUCUGCAGAUCCUGGCUGUCACUAUUUCUUUCUUCUGCGGUGACCAAUUGACCAAUAACUAGAGGAUUUUUAGUGUUAAUUUUAUUACAUACCUGUGUACACGAGUUAGUUGUUGGUUAAACAAGACUGUACCUAUGUAUUUUUGUGUCUUGUACUGACUUUGUUGGUUGAGGUUUUUUUAAAUAUCUAAUGAAAUGAGAAUUGGAAACUCUC